GGGAAAAUCAGUGAGGCAAAAUGGCGAGCCUACGUUUACCAUCCGGGGAUGCUGAAAGUGAAAAGCUACGCUGGUUUCUUCAGCGUCGGUGCUGAUGAAGAUCCAAAUCAUUUGUUCUUCUGGUAUUUUCCUUCGAAGAAAGAUCCGGUGGGCGCUCCGGUGAUCGCGUACAUCGAGUCUGCUUUUGGAGAGUCUUCCCUCUUCACUUUAUUCGCCCAAAAUGGUCCGUUCUCGGUGAACUCGGAUGGCAGCAGCUUGGCGCUACGAGAAGAAUCCUGGAACAACGAACACAAUGUUAUUUACUUGGACAAUGCGGUCGGAUCGGGUUUCAGUUACACGGAGAAGGACACCGGUUAUCCACGGACUAUGGAACAAGUCGGGAACAGGUUGUGCGAAGCUUUGCAGCAAUUUUUAAAACUCUUCCCUAAACUUCGAGGUAACGAUUUUUACCUGGCCGGUGAAACUUUCGGCGGCAAGUUAAUCCCUGAGGUAGCAUUUCACAUCCACAUGCACAAUCACCGGGCAAUCGUUGAAGAAAAGGCAUUCAGGAAUACUCAGACUGUAUCACUUUCCCAACCGAUCGAGGACAAGAAAAUCAAACUGCAAGGAAUAGUGAUCGCUAAUGGCUUCACACACCCAAAGACUCAGCUCAUGUACGCCCAAUACUUUAGAGAUACGUUCCCAUAUCUUAAAUUGUCAGAUAACUUAACCGAGUGGGAAACCGAAAUGGCGUACUUCUUCGAGAGGAAACGAUACAACGAAACUUAUUAUACUGCCGAGAGAUUCCUCAAGGAUGAAACGAUGCAAAAUAUCAUUGCAAAUUUUACAACAAUGGAUUUUCCCUUCAAUUUUCCCUGGAACUCGGUUCCAUCCGAUUUCAUAAAAAAGCCCCUCAGCCCUUCCAUAUUCAAGUUCAUUCAAGAUCCUACCGUAGUUCGGGCCCUCCACGUCGGUGACAGGCCCUUCAAACGGCAUGAUUCCGUCCUGAAGAAUAAUCUCGUCCACAACAUAACCGAGUCCCACCUCUUCAAACUCGAGACUCUCCUCUUCAUGUAUCGAGUUCUCAUCUUAACCGGUAAGAAGGACCUGAGUUGCCCUCAUAAAUUCGUCGUCUCUUACCUCUCGAUGUUAUCCGGGGACGUCGGGGACGCGUAUCGAGAUACAAAAAGGUUUAAUUGGCGAGACGAUGAGGGCAAAGUCGUUGGCAGCAUAGUGAAAGCGGAAGGGCUAACUGAAAUGCUUCUUGAUAAUUCUGGACACUUGAUCUCCGUUGGUAACGAAAAAUUAGUUCUCGGUAUCCUGGAGUUGUUUAUCAACGGUACGCUGAGAGUCGUCGACAAACCAUUGUCCGUAUCGUCUGCCCUAGAAAGGGGAGGACAUUAUUGCGCGCUUCACAAAAGCGACGUUAUUCAAUCGAUGAUGUUCCACUUUGAGAGCUACGCCGGUUACGUAAACGUCAACGAAAAAUUCAACUCGAAUUUGUUUUUUUGGCACGUCGUCGCCAAGAAUAAUCCGCAUACUGCUCCCAUAAUUGUCCACCUCCCAGGUGCACUGGGGACGAGCUCGAUGUUCAAGAUGUUCAACGCUAACGGUCCGGUAUUCAUCGACCUGAGUGAUGGCUCUGUAAGUGGGAGGUUAUCAUCGGUGUCCUGGCACGAAAAAUAUCACCUUAUUUACAUAGACAGCCCGGUCGGUGCCGGCUACAGUUACACGGAUUUCGACGAGGGUUAUUCGAAGAAGGAUGCUGACGUCGCCAACGACUUGCUCACAGCUUUGACUCAAUUUUUCAAACUCCAUCGCCAGCUCCGGAACAACAGUUUAUUCUUGGUCGGUGACAAUUACGCCGGUAAAUUAAUUCCAGCCCUCGGCCAUUCGAUUCACUCGUACAAUGAGAAGGCGAAUUCGUCGACGAGGAUGAAUCUCAAAGGGAUGCUGAUCGCGAGUGGUUACGUAAAUCCGUUGGAGCAGCUCGUCUACGGCGAGCAACUGCGGCACGACGGAAUCAUCACUGACGAGUGCGAAUCGGAAUUUAUCACGAUGGAGACGGAAGUCCACGAUUUUAUAAAGAAGAAUGAACACGAGGAGGCUUUCGAAGCCACCCAAAAAUUUCGCGAAAAACACAACUGCAGCUGGGGGGACUACAAGUCCCUUGAUUUUCCCUUCAACGCGAUUGGGCCCUGGGACUUAAGGGGUUACAAGAAAUUAACCGAGUUUUUAAACCGCUCAUACAUCCGUCGAAUCCUUCACGUUGGCAAUCGCACCUUCGAAGACUUUUCUAAACGUGCAUUCGAUCACCUUAAGGGUGACAUUACUCGGUCCCAGGCCGGAACACUCGAAAAACUCCUCAAUCAUUACCGAGUCCUCAUACUCAAUGGAAAGGAGAACCGGAUAUGUCCGUACAAGAACGUCCAAAAUUACGUUUCCAAACUGAAGUGGGCUGGCGUUGACGAGUACGAAGCUUCCAGUCUGCAAAAAUAUGACAAGAGUUCGUACGAAGGGGAAUUAAAAAAAGGUGGCAAUCUCAGCUUCCUCGUGGUAAAAAAGCGAGUUGGAAAUUGGAUCCUAGAAAAUAAUCAAGAUUUGAGUGUCGAAAUAUUGAAUGAUUUCGUCGCUGGGUCGCUGUAGGAAUGAACAACGACCGGCCACUGCCUCCAAAAAAUCAAUAUUCGCUGUGGUAUCUUCAUCUUGUGAUUUUACUAUUCAAUUAUUAAUUAAUAGAAUCUAUGAACUUAUAAAAUUAUUACUUUUUUCUUCGACUUUAAAGGAAAAUAAAAUUCUUUUCGUAUGUUAUUAGGAGUAAUGGCGAUUAAGGUGUGAUGACACCGCAUUUUCAAUAGUUUAAAUAAACCUAAACAAUGCUGUAUUGGUAAGAAAAAAAAUCUUGAGUUGCCUUCUCUUUUGGGAUUGUCCUUAGCCCGAUAAACGUCUCGUUUGAAGAUUGUGCAAUGAGCAAUGGAGCGAGAAAAAGCGAUAGAGUUGUUCUUCUUGUUGGCUUUUUCUAUUUCAAGGUAAAUCAUGCCUGAA